AAAAGAAAGAAGGCCCGCACGUAUCUAGGGUGGAAAAAAAAAAAAGGAAGAGUCCAACAAACCGAUCUCCUUCGUCGCCGUCGUCUUCGGCGGCGCCGCCGCCGCCCAAUUCUUCGGCCACCUCCGCUGCAAUAGGCGAUCGUCGGCGCCGCCGCCGCAAAAAAAUGCCGGCCUCGAAGACGGUGUCGACGAGCGCCGCGGAGACGGAUCUAGGCACGCACGUGUUUCACGUCGUCGGCUACAGCCACCAAAAGGCCAUCUGCGCUCACAAGGAUACUAGCAUCCUGUCCGGCCGUUUCUCCGUCGGCGGCCAUGAAUGGGCCUUGGUUCUUGUGGCUGAUAUCUACAACGACGACCACCCUGAUUGCGUCGCAAUUUCGCUCCUCUUGGACCCUUUUGCCGCGCCGGGGGUACUGGCGUCCUUCGAGCUGAGGUUGGUCAACCAGAGCACUGGGUUGCCCUUCACGGUGCACAAGGAGGCACCGAUGGUGUUCGAUGACAAUAAUGACAUGGCAGCUACUUGCUGGAUAAAAAGGAGCCUGUUAGAAUCGCCAACAUACCUCCAGAAUGAUCGCCUCACAGUUGAAUGUAUUGUCACUGUUAUCAAAGAACGACUGGUCUCUAAAACCAAAUCACUUCCCAGAAUCGAAGUGCCACCACCUAACAUGGCUGAGAAUUUUGGUAGUCUGUUGGAAACAGACUUGGGAGCGGAUGUCACAUUCAGUGUGGGAGAUGAGACUUUCAAGGCACACAAGAUUGUCCUUGCCACACGGUCACCUGUGUUCAAAGCUGAGCUCUAUGGGCCUAUGAAAGAGGAAGGAAUGAAGCCUAUAACCAUCAAAGAUAUGCAACCAGAUGUUUUCAGGGCCUUGCUGCGUUUCAUCUAUACCGACUCUUUACCUCCGUUGGAUGAUCUUGAGGCAGAUGAUCAUAGUGAAAUGAUCCGUCACUUGCUUGUGGCUGCGGAUCGAUAUGCCAUCGAGAGGCUAAAGCUCAUUUGCCAAAGCUUUCUUUGUGAAAAUCUUAAUGUGCAGACCGUGGCAACCACUCUGGCUUUAGCUGACCAGCAUAAUUGUGACAUAUUGAAGGAUGCUUGCAUUGAUUUUAUCACCUGUUCAAAUGAGAUGGAUGGUUUGCUGUCAAGUCAAGGUUACAAGAAUCUGAAAAGAACCUGUCCUGCUGUUGUGAUAGAUGUGUUUGAGAAGACAAGCAAGUUUCGUAAGGCGUGAGCAGUUUAUCUUAAGCUUAAUUAUCUGUUCAAAGUUGUUUCACUAAGGCCUUGUUUAGAUGUGAAAUUUUUUUGGAUUUCGCUACUGUAGCACUUUCGUUUGUUUGUGGUAAAUAUUGUCCAAUCAUAGACUAACUAGGUUCAAAA